AUGCCCGUCGCUUUAUCGAACCACUUUAAAGUUGCCCGUAGACAGACAUGGUUUAAGCAUGGUCUACUGCAAGCGAACAGCAAGAACGUGGCAGCAACCUACGACACUUCUUCUCCUCGCCCUUCUUCUCCCGUCAACGCCGCUGCCUCGACUGGCUCUACCACUGCUCGCGCCGCUUCUCCUAGAGCCCCUGGCGGUCCCGCAACCGCUAUCCGCAGAAAGGCAGCCGCUGAUCGUGCCGACCGCGCCGCCAAUGUCAGACCCAGCAGUACUCGCGCCGCAGGUGCCGGUGGUAGCAGCAGUACCAUGCUGAGACUCUACACCGACGAGUCACCAGGCCUCAAGGUCGACCCCUUUGUCGUCCUCGUCCUCUCCGUCGGCUUCAUUAUCUCGGUCGUCGCACUACACACUAUCCUGUACGCUGCCGCCGUUGGCUGCCACCCAAAUACCAUGAUGAACGUGCUCAAGCCUUUUGCGCGAUCUGCUCCUAUACUCGCCUCUAGAGCUACUCUGCGCUACUCGGCCAUUGCAAGACCUGCCUUUACCUGCUACAAGAGAAUUGAACCAGUUACAUUCCGCCACUACUCAUCCAAGAUGCCUUCUGCUCCUACUGUCAAGCUUAACAGCGGCCACGAGAUGCCUCUCGUCGGUUUCGGUCUCUGGAAGGUCGACAACGACACUUGCGCCGACACUGUCUACAACGCCAUCAAGGUUGGAUACAGACUCUUUGACGGUGCUUGCGACUACGGCAACGAGAAGGAGGUUGGCCAGGGUGUUGCCCGUGCCAUCAAGGACGGACUCGUCAAGCGUGAGGAGCUCUUCCUUGUUUCCAAGCUCUGGAACUCUUUCCACGACGCCGACCAAGUCAAGCCUAUCGCCAAGAAGCAGCUCGCAGACUUGGGCAUUGACUACUUCGAUCUUUACAUCAUUCACUUCCCCGUCGCCCUGAAGUAUGUUGACCCCAGCGUUCGCUACCCUCCCAGCUGGACCGACGAGAACGACAAGAUCACCUUCUCCAAGACUCCCCUCUCCGAGACAUACAAGGCCAUGGAGCAGUUGGUUGACGAAGGUCUCGCCAAGAGCAUUGGUGUUUCCAACUACAAUGGUGGCCUCAUGCUUGACCUCCUCCGCUACGCCAGAAUCACUCCCGCCACUCUCCAGAUCGAGCACCACCCUUACCUCACCCAGGAGGGUCUCGUCAAGCUCUGCAAGGAGAACAACAUCCACGUCACUGCCUACUCAUCUUUCGGCCCUGCUUCUUUCGUCGAGCUGAAGAUGCAGAGAGCACACGACACCCCUCUUCUCUUCGACAACGAGACCGUCAAGAAGAUUGCCGACAAGCACAACAAGUCUGCUGGCCAGGUCCUGCUCAGAUGGGCUACUCAGCGUGGUGUUGCCGUUAUCCCCAAAUCCAACAACAAGGAUCGCCUUGCCCAGAACCUCGACGUCUGCAGCUUUGAUCUUGCUGAGGAUGAGAUCAAGGCCAUCAGCGAACUCGACAGAGGCCUCCGCUUCAACGACCCCGUCAACUACGGCCUCAACAUCCCCAUCUUCGCCUAA